CACGACCAAUUCUGUGGAUAUAGUUUCCCCGUUGGUGGCAAGGUCCUGGUUGACUACAGAAACCGGUCGCGCGUCAAGACCCCUGGCCUGGUCGGGAGGGCACGUCGGCAUGAGGGUGCUUUCCGAGAUCACAGGUCAGGGUUUGGAUUCCCGUGCCCGGCCCAGCAGAGGCCCCGCUCCCGGCAGAACCCAGACCCCUCGUGCAGCCUGGUCUGAGGAGGGCUCCGCAUCGCCCUGGCCGAGGCCGGGCUGGGGCUCCAGGCUGUUGUGGCCGGUCCGAUGGGCUUGGGUCAAGCUGGAGGGGCUGGCUGUGUGCAGGAGGCCGAGUGAGCUGCCUGCUAAUGGGGCUGGGCCACCCCACGCUGCUCCCUGGGGGCUGGACAAGGCUGGGAUUGUUCCCGGCUCCCCUUUGUCUCACUCCCCGCCCAGGCCUGGCCUGCCUGCCCGCCACUCUCUCCCUCCCGUCGGCCUGGCGGGCAGGAGCCUGGGACUCUGCCCGAGGAGCCCUGGGCCUGCUGACCCACCGGCUUAGGAGCCCCCGCCACGCUCUGGGUCACGGCGUGGAGGUGCCGGGCCACCAUGCUCAGUCUCAAGCUGCCCCAACUCCUUCGAGUCCACCAGGUCCCCAGGGUGUUCUGGGAAGACGGCAUCAUGUCUGGCUACCGCCGCCCCACCAGCUCGGCCCGGGACUGUGUCCUUAGCUCUUUCCAGAUGACCAACGAGACGGUCAACAUCUGGACUCACUUCCUGCCCACCUGGUACUUCGUGUGGCGCCUGCUGGCGCUGGCGGGGGGCCCGGGCUUCCGGGCGGAGCCGUACCACCGGCCGCUACUCGUCUUCCUGCUGCCCGCCUGCCUCUACCCCUUCGCGUCGUGCUGCGCGCACACCUUCAGCUCCAUGUCGCCCCGCGCGCGCCACAUCUGUUACUUCCUGGACUACGGCGCGCUCAGCCUCUACAGCCUGGGCUGUGCCUUCCCUUAUGCCGCCUACUCCAUGCCAGCCUCCUGGCUGCACAGCCGCCUGCACCAACUCUUUGUGCCUGCCGCCGCCCUCAAUUCCUUCCUGUGCACCGGCCUCUCCUGCUACUCCCGGUUCCCUGAGCUAGAGAGCCCUGGGCUCAGUAAGGUCCUGCGCACGGCUGCUUUCGCCUAUCCCUUCCUGUUCGACAACCUCCCUCUCUUCUACCGGCUGGGACUGUGCUGGGACAGGGGCCCUGCCUGCGGGCCGGAGGCACUGAGCGCCAGCCACCGCUACCACCUCGUCUGCGCGCUGCUCACGGGCUUCCUUUUCGCCUCCCGCCUGCCCGAGCGGCUGGCCCCGGGACGCUUCGACUACAUUGGCCACAGCCACCAGCUGUUCCACGUCUGUGCCGUGCUGGGCACCCACUUCCAGCUGGAGGCGGUGCUAGCUGACAUGGGAUCUCGCCGCGCCUGGCUGGCCGCGCAGGAGCCCCCCGUAGGCCUGGUGGGCACGGUGGCCACGCUGGGCCUGGCGGUGGCCGGGAACCUGCUCAUCAUUGCUGCCUUCACGGCCUCCCUGUGUCGGGCCCCCCGCACCUGCCCCCUGCUGCAGGGCGGCCCCCUGGAGGGGGGUGUGAAGGCCAGACGGCAGUGAGGGCCCAUCUCUGAGCCUGCCCUGGGAGAAGGUAGAGGCCAGGCCCUGGAGCUGGGGAGGAGCCCGGCAGGGGCCUGAUGAGCGGGCACAGCGGAGCCUGGAGCCAGAGGGGCUGCGGAGAGGGCAGAGGAGAGGAGGGGCGGGGAGGUGCUAGCGGCAAGCGGGAAGGUCGCGAGGGGGCGCUCGGUGGGGCUGGGGCAAGUGCUGAGGGUCCGUGAGGGGCAGUGCGUGUGUCCAGGCUGGAGCUGGCCACCCGGCUGGAGGCUGGGGACGGGGAGGUGCCGGGGCCCUGACACCUGGUCCCGUUCCUGCCUGCGAGUCUCUGCCGAGCCCAAGGAAGCACUAACACGACUAACGCAGGCCCACCCCACGUGCUCGUGCGUCCGGCAGGAGACCCGCGGCUGCCCUCGACCCCUGAACCGGGCGGCCCCGUCUACAGGCAGCGCUCUGCCCACGGGCAAGAGCCCGUCUGUCCUGGCCACAGCCAUGUGCUCUAUGUCCAGGCCUCUGGGUCUACAUGGGUGUCCUGGAUGGUGCUGUGGGCUGGGUGGGGGGACCCUCAUAAUUAGACUUUUAGGACGCUCCCUUUGAUGCUUCCACACAAGGCAGGUACAAAUAAAUCAGUCAACAGCA